CUUCCUGGUGUGGGUGUGGCCACGAGAACAGACGACUACACAAAUCAUGGAGGAGACGCUGCAGUAACCUGCUUCCUACAAGUUGUUAAGAAAAAGAGUUAUAAAUCUGGUUUUUUUCCCCGUGGUUGUGUGCUGUAGCUGGGAUGCUUUGUCAGAAUGGGAAAUCUUUUUGGGAAAAAGAAAAGCAGCCGAGUGACAGAACAAGACAAAGCGGUGCUGCAACUGAAACAGCAGAGAGAUAAGCUGAGGCAGUAUCAGAAGAGGAUCAACCUGCAGCUGGAGAAGGAGAGACUCCUAGCAAAGCAGCUGCUGAAAAAUGGCAGAAAAGAUAAAGCACUCCUCUUGCUGAAAAAGAAGCGCUACCAGGAUCAGCUUCUAGACAAGACGGAGAACCAGAUAGGAAACCUGGAGCGCAUGGUUCAGGACCUGGAGUUCGCCCAGAUCGAAUCUAAAGUCAUUCAAGGGUUGAAAGUUGGAAAUGAAUGUCUGAAGAAAAUGCACGAGGUGAUGUCUGUUGAAGAAGUGGAACGUAUUAUGGAUGAAACCCAGGACGCCAUCGAGUAUCAAAGGCAAAUAGACGACAUGCUGGCUGGUUCUUUCUCACAAGAGGAUGAAGAUGCUGUACUCGCUGAGCUGGAGGCCAUAACUCAGGGAGACGUUGAGCUUCCAGAAGUUCCUGAAGACGAGCUGCCGGAUGUCCCAGAGGCCAGGGAGAAGAAACCAGAGAGGGAACGUUCCAAAAAGAAGGAGGAGCGAGAGAUGCUCGCUGCCUAAAGAACGUGACGGGUUCUCCGUCAGCUGACCUGAUGGAUCUUCUCCACGAGUCCCUUCAUUUACCUUCAACCACACAAACAUGAACUGGAGAACUCUCCCUCUCUCCCCUCAGAGGCCUGUGAUGAGGUCACAGCAGCCUCUCUCUAUCAGAUACUGAGCUUCCUCCAUAAGAUCAUCACCCGGCUGCUGUUUGUCUUCGGCUGCUGAAUGUCGACUCAUGAGGGACUCAUCUGCUGGAGAAAUGCUGAACCAUGAAGACCUGUGAGAUCAGAUAACUGUGCCUAACCUUUGUUUCAUUAGUGUUCACCAACAAAUCACUUCACUUAAACGCAUGCAUGUGUUAGUCAUUGUAAAUCUUUGAGAUUUUCUGCCUCCUUUUAAGAACAAUGGAGGUUUUGACGCUCAAAAGUGAAAAUGUACUUUCCUUUAAAACACAGCAGCAACAUCCCUUUCCAGAAAACACUGCCUAAAUUUUAUCUGAUAAUGUGCUGCGAAACGUUUUUAUUGGGACUAAUCGCCACCAAAGAAAUACUAGAAGAAAAACGACAGAGAUGUAAAAAAAAUCGGACUAAAAUUAAACAGUUUUUUGGUCUUCAUCGUACAUAUCUGCUCUGUUAAUCACAUGAACUAUGUUGAGAAAAAAAGAGAUUUAUAUUUCAUGUGUUUCGGUGUCAUGAUGGUGCCCCGUAUCUCUGCAUUCAUUUGUCAGAAUACUGGUAGUUCUCAGUGUAGAUGGAGAACUUUCCCUCAAAGACCCCUUUAUCCUGCUUUUUAAUAAUAAAAAAACAAAACACUGACAAUAUUUUAAACUGAAAAAAGAAAAGACAAUGUGACUUCAUGACGUAUCAUGCAAAACUAAUUUAAUCAAAAAUAUUUAGGUUUCUGGAGUUCCCACCAACCCACAAACAGAAAACAUGUGAUUCAACAAGCCAAUCAGAUUUGUCGUCCCUUCUAUGUCACUUGCUAAUUAGAAUAAACUGACCACGGCUUGAGAACAACCUUUGCACAGGUGUGACAUAUUGUUCUCUCAAGCCAAUCAGAGCAAGCUGUUUUUGGGGGAGAAGGUCUUAAAGAGACAGGCGCUAAAACGAAGCAUCUCAGCCAGAGGGUGAAUACAGGUGUAUUCAGACAGACAGUAUAAGCAGAAUAAUGUGGUGUUUUUUUUUUUAUAUUAAAGCAUGCAAACAUACUCUUGUAGAAACCAAAAAAUACAAGUAUGAAUCCUAAAAUGAGUAUGACGUGUCUCCUUUAAAGUGAAACUCUGCUUUUCCAGACAGAAAGAGGACUGAGUGAUGAAUCGUAGUGAACUGACCCUUUAAAUCAGGCUUGACGAACACAUAACCAUGUCUGCCUCCGUCGUCACAGCCGGGCCAGUUAUUACGAGUUAUUUCUCCCGUCCUGGAAAAGUACCGAAACAUUUUGAAUAAGCAUCUGUUUCUUAAAAUAUUCCCUCACGCUGACCCCUUUUCAAACAGCUUAACUGAUCUAAUUCUCUGCUCCCCUUGUGGAUUAGCUCAGUGUCAUUGGAGAAAGGGCUAAUCAUAUCAUCUGUGGGUUUACCUGUGAAACCAUGACAACGGUCUGUAAUCGCUUCAAGGUAAAAUAACUUUAACAGAAGGAUUGGAUCUUUACCCACCGAGUCUUACUAUCAUAUCAGGGGUUCUGUAAUUAUUUUACUGUUUUGAUUGUUUAGAUCUGUGUUACAUCGCUGCAAGAAAGAUGGCCUACAUUUGUGAGGCUUACGCUGGUGUAUCUUUGAAUAUCCAUCUAACUAAUCUGUAAAUCAGUUAAUCUCACAGACAGAAAACACUGAUGAGUCACACUGUCAGGCUGCAGACGUCGUUUCAUCAGCGCAGCAUCAAACUGCUCGUCUUCAAAGUGGUCUGGAAGUUGAACCUCUCUCUCUGUCUCUCUCUCUCUCUGUACAUCCUUUUUACAAUAAAAGUGUUUUUUUUAAAACGUCA